AGACCGCAGUUGGCGCUGGGUGACCAUAAUUGGCGCCAUUUUGUAUGUUCCACUGGGGGUGCUGUGUGCGGUGCCGCGAAGAGAAAGAGGAGGGUCCAUUUGUUGCAAAGUCCUUGUAUUGGGGGUGUCUUUGAGUCCGUAGAUCAUAGAAACUCAUAUUGUAAGCCUUUAAGGCUAGCUGUUGUGGCCCCAAUUUCACAAAGUGUCCAAAACCAUUAAUUGAUUCGUUAUCUCUCGGUGUAUCUCAUGCUCAAUUCGACGCCCUCUUGUUGGUUCCAAGGAUGGAACAAUUUGGGAACUUUUAAAAUGAGGACUUCCCAGUAUGCUGUCGAGUCUGCCACCACAGCUUCCACCUCGGACUCAGUAACCCCACCAGCCCCGACAGUAGGAACCACAGAAAUCAACUAUGGAGGUGGCUGUACUGUUGCUCACAGUUGUAAUCAAGAUCUUCUGUGUGUGAACACGUUCUCUGGUGGAGGAUAUCAGUGUCUGUGUCCAGCUGGGAAGUACCAUACUGGCGGCAAUCUGUGUAGUCACAAACCAGGUCCCAUUAGUGCUUUAAGUAGUUCUUCAGUCACUGCUACUGGCAUUGUGGUGAGCUGGCAAAAGCCGUCCAAACCUAACGGCGAUCUAAAAGGAUACAAAGUUUGGGUGACAAGAGACGGACAGUGCGUUAAACAGUUCCAUGUACAGUGUCCGGACUGUGAUGUUUCUGAGUGUCAAUCCCCAAUGCCUUCAUCUCCUGUGAGUCAAUAUGACAGUACAGAUCUUGGUGAUUUCCAAGGGUCCUUUGAGGUGACAGUGACAGACUUGCUCCCGUACACAGACUACAUUGUUCAUGUGCGCGCUUAUAAUAGAGAGAUCGGUGGAGGUGCGGACAGAGAGGUAUCUUUCAAGACAGGCGAGGCUGCCGCAAGCCCUGUGACAAAAGUUGAGCUGGAAAGUCUACCCUUGACCGCUCAAGGAAGGCUGGAUCUGAAAGUUAGCUGGGUCCCAGGUUAUCGGAACGGGGAAACUACCUUCACUGUUGUGAUCAAGGAAAAAGAAAGUCUCACCUCCGAAAACUUUAUUGUGAAACAAACCAGAACAUUUCAAGAUGCAUUUGGCAUUACCUCUGACUCUGUGCACGAUGUGCUUGGCCACUGGGUCUAUCAAGUGACCGUUAAAGCCAAAACUAACGUGGGUGACGCUGCUGUAUCAAGUCCUCAGACCAUUACAACAUUAAACAAACACCCAGAACCUGUUACUGCUCUCACGUUGACAAAGAGUACACAGGUGGCCUCUGAAGUCUCCCUGAGCUUUGGAUGUCCCGAGGAAAGAGAAAGAAAUGGUGUCAUCACAGGCUUUUACAUUUCAACGUCGGACGGCACUUCGAACCUAAAUAUUCAGUUUGUCAACGCGACUUCCUGCGAUAACGUGCCCCGACCAGCUGUACAAGUCGUUGUUGGCGAGAGUCCAACGGAUUACACGUUCAAGUGAGUGAAUACACGGCUACAGAUUUCACGGCAGAGUCGUCUGGCAGCAAGAACACCCUGACGUCUUUCCCAGUGACUGUGUGUUUGUCUUGUCUCAAAGAUUUGAGCAACAGACAGGGAAGUUUGACGGAAGUAGUUCUCGCCGUCUGUAAGAAUAAGUGUGGAGGCUCUGGGGCAGCCUCCACCUGCCACCCGUACUCAGUUCGGAUCCCUCAAAACGGCAACAAGACUUGCUUCAGUAACGGCGCCGGCUACACCUGUAACCUCACCUGUAACAGCGGCUACGUGUUCUAUGACGACCCAGAGGUCACUCACAGACUGGUCAGUUGCUCCGGACCCGUCAGUGAGUUCUCCCCGAGCCCUGACGUCAGGUGUAUCAGCCUGGACACAGACAGCGCGGCCAGAACGCAGCUAGAGGCACGUCACGUGAUCAGGUUCACCAUCACGUACAUGGGGAGUAACGUGACAGACAGCUGCCAGGCAGAGGUGGAGAAGAUCGUGCGCGACACGGCGGGCAGUCAGCUGGUGCUGGAUCACCUGAUCAUCAGCUCCUGCAUAAACCUGGGGGUCACCGGUCACCUGGAGGCGGACACAGUGACGCUCAACGCCAUCUCUCAACAGGUACGCGUGGACUAUUCUCUCUACUACGACAUCCUGGCAGACAGAAACUUCUUCAACUCCUGCACCACCUUCAUCAUGGUCAUCUUCAACGACCUUUUGGUCCAGGUCCCCGAGCUGAGCAGGUUGGAGACCUUGACCUGCGGCAACCUCCUGAAACAAGGGUCAACGGUCACUCCGUCCUUCACUGGCUUCUUCUGUCCGGAGCACCAGCCUCUGGAGACUCAGAACGGCAUCAGCUUCUGCUUGGUGUGUCCAGUCGGCACCUACCAGACAGAGGCAGGAAGCUGCCAGGACUGUCCAGCAGGAACCUUCUCCCUCACCCCGGACAGCCGUGUCUGCCAGACCUGUGGUGCUGACAACCCAGAGUGCACACGCCGGAGAAAGAGUGAAACAGAAAAGGUCAGUUUGAAGACAUGGGCCGACGCCAAGAAGGAAGGGUUUACUGGCAUGUACCGAGUCACUCCACGGGGCUGGCAUCAGGAUCUGUUAAGAAGGCCAGGAGGACAAUAUGUAUUCACAGUUGGGGAAGAUAACUCGUGUUCCGAUAACGGCACUGACUUCUGCAAUGGCCCACUUCCUGCUAGAGAAGAAUUUCAAGUCCUCGUCAUCGUGUGCAACGGCGCUGGCUGUGUGGAUUACUUAAACAAUGAUUCUGUCUUUGGAACAACAACUGACGUGGAUAAUGACGAUGACAAUAUUGUUGUCAUUGUUUGGGCUGUCAUCUGCUCUGUGUUGGUUGUUGGGAUCAUUUUGGCCGUCAUUUUCUUUAUUUGCCGCCGUAGAAGGCAAAAGGAUCACAAGGAAAUAGGACCUGUGCAGCAGGGCGCCCUUGAGGAGACAGAGAUGAUCAAAACACGAAGACCUAUCCUGAUUCGAACGUUCAGACGAACUCUGGUACAGCUCCACGGAGAUUCAAACUUGCUGUUCCGGGUUGAAUUUGAGGACAUGCAGAAGCUCAGCGCUAGACUUCCCAACGGGAACAAACCGGUGGAUGAAUUGCCCUACAUCAACGUUGGCUGGAAACUACCCAGGGCCAGUGAGACAAUGGAGGUAUUUAAGGCCAACUACAUAGAGGGCUACAACUCUAUGCGGGAAUACAUCGCUGCCCAGGGCCCCAUGCCUUCCACUGUGCCAGACUUCUGGAGGAUGGUGUGGGAGCACAGGUGUAAGGUUAUCGUCAUGGUCUCAGACCAAUCCAAGGGUUGGAAGGGAAAAAGGAAAUUGUACUGGCCCGAGAACCUCGACGAAUCGGUUGAGUUUGGAAACGUUGAGGUGAAGAUGAUUCAUGUCUCUGUGUUCAACAAAUACGUCAUACGCAACUUACAGAUCUCCAUGGGUUCAGAGACUCGCCAGAUCAGCCAUUUUUCCCUGCAUGGGUGGACUAAUGCCAAGGCCGACUUGACAGUAGAUGAUGUGGUACGCUUCGUCCAAAUUGUGCGACAGGAAGCAAGGCUAACGGAUUCUUCGCCAUUUGUUGUCCAUUGCAGCACUGGUGUGGGUCACACUGGUACUUUUAUCGCCCUGGACUAUUUGAGCCAGUACGUGGACAAGCACAGUCUAGAUGAGAACAUCGACGUUUUCAGCUACGUCAUGAAGAUGAGAGAGAACUGCCCCGGUAUGGUACAGACGGAGUCUCAGUACAUGUUCAUCUUUGAUGCACUGAUGGAAGUGAUACAGAAAAAGAUAACUGAGGAACAGGAGAAGCUCAAUGACUAUAUUGAUGAGAGUGAAGAGGACAUGAACGUGACCCCUCCCCUGGAGGAAGCUCCAGAUGAUUUAACCAUGUAGGUCUUCUUGGAUAUAUUCGUUACGCUCAUAGGAGAAAUGCCUACGUCAUUUCUAGCCAUUGUGAAAAAAUGAGAAGAAAGCUUUUUUUUUUUCGAACAAUUGACUCUGUGAAACGCUUAAAUUUCGAUCCCCUCAA